AUGUCAAAACUCAAAGCUCCAAACAAAUCCGAAGAGGAAGAGCGCGAGUUGCUUAAAUUAGAAUUAACGCGGGACGGAGCGAGAGAGAGAGCUGAGCAGGAGAUUGAGAGAGAGAAGCGAGCUCACGAACGUGAACUACGAGCGCUCGAGCUGGAGAAGCUCAAACUGCAGGACGAGCGGCAGGCACGUGAAGCUCAGCUUGAACUUGCCAGACUACAAGCUAACUCCAGUCCAAUUAAUUCUUCUGGAAGCCGAUCUGUUAUAAAGUUGGCCGGCUACAAGGAUGGAGAAGAUGUCUCAAUUUAUUUGAAUACUUUUGAGAAGGUUAAAGAAGCCAAUCAGUGGAGUGAUACCAUCGCCGUUACGGCCUUGUUAAAUGGUUUCGCUAACACCAAGGUUAGCCUUUUCCUCAGUACUUUACCAUUGGAGUCUACGUAUGCUGAAAUUAAGCACCAGAUCGUAAAGACCUUUGGUUAUACAAUUUACGACUACCAGUCCAGAUUCAGGAAUGCCAAGCAGAAGAGUGGUUCAUUCAGACAAUUUGUACUAUAUUUGAGAGAAAAUUUCAGUAAGAUGUGCCAGAUUGCAGAAGUGAAUAACGAUGUAAAGAAGAUGGAAGAACUGUUGUUGAAAGACCAGAUUCUACGUGCUGCUGAACGCCCUUUGACCGAGUAUUUGAAGGAGCGUGAUAUCUUCAGACGCGAUUUGGAUUCAGUGAUAGAGAUGGCAGACAACUUCCAAGCUAUUCAUCGUCCACCUAAACCUGCCAGUUCUGAUGUUAAUGCGAGAAUGUCAUUUGUGUGUUUGCGAUGCAAUAAGCCAGGACAUAUCGCUAAAUUUUGUAGAUCUAAAUCAGGUGGAUCACCGAAUGACGUGCCUUCGAUUCAGAGUGCGACGCAUGGUGCGGCGUCAAAUGACAAUGACAUUAAUGAAAAGAAGUGCUUUAAUUGUAGGUCAAUCGGUCAUUUUUCUAGAUUUUGCCCAGAGAAACGCAAGUCUAAACCUGAUGAGAAAUCCGGAGACGUGAGACUAAGCAGGAAGGAUGAUACUUUUAAUGUGAAUGCAUCUUUGUCCAAUCCUGACUAUAAUAGUUACCUCCCUACUUCUAAUGGAACUUGUAAUGGCAAGAGCGUCAAGGUUCUGCGCGACACAGGAGCUACUGCUGUUCUCGUCAGGCCUUCUCUUGCUCCCGAAAGCAGCAUUUCAAGUAAGACUGUGAAGCUUACUUUUGCUGAUGAUCUUUCAGUCAAUGCACCAAAGACGAUGGUGGAUCUUCGUUGUCCACAUUUCACCGGUAGAGUGGAGGCUCUUUGUCUACCUGAACUACCGUUUGACGUAUUGCUGGGCAACAUACCAGGUGCCACCUGUGCUUGUGGAGCUAAGACGACGUUGAGGGCUACAACUGAGGAAGUUGUUGGUGAGCAAGCGUGUGCUGUGCAAGCGAGAGCUCAGCGAAAGGAAGAGAAUUCACCAACGAAGUUGCAAAUGCCUACAAAGAUUGUGUAUUCGCCACAAGCAUUCUAA